ACUCGUAUAGGAACCUUGUCACAGUCAUUUUAUAUAAAUGAGGAAUUUCUGAAUCGGUACCUAGUAGCUCAUAAAUGAUUGAGCUUUUAACGUUUUGUUGUUAAUUUUGGUGUGACCUCUGAGAUGUAUCCUGUGUGUUUGGUUCAGAUUAUUUGCGUAAUUGCGGUGUUGUCAGCUGUUGUUGAAGCGCAGAAUGGAUUUGGAAACAAUGGCAAUGGAGGUGGAUUUGGCAACAAUGGAGGAGGAUUUGGCAACAAUGGAUUCGGUGGUAAUGGUUUUGGAGGUAGUCAAGGAGGUUUUGGAGGUGGCCAAGGAGGGUUUAGAGGCGGUCAAGGAGGGUUUGGAGGUCAAGGAGGAUUUGGAGGUGGUCAAGGAGGGUUUGGAGGUGGUCAAGGAGGGUUUGGAGGGGGUCAAGGAGGAUUUGGAGGUCAAGGAGGGUUUGGAAGAGGCCAAGGAGGGGGAAGAUUCAAUCAGGGUGGCCAAUUCAAGCGAUCUGUAGGAAAUUCUCAACUUCAAGGAUUGCCAGCAAAAAAUCGAGAUCUCUCAAAAAACAUCCAACUGAGAGAAGAUACAGUGAACAGCAACUAUCUGCCUGACAACAGUUAUUUACCUCCUGCAGAACCAUAUCCGAAAUACGAAGCACCUUCUACUAAUUAUGGAGCUCCUCCUUCAAAAUACGGUCCACCUAAACCACAAUAUGGACCCCCUGCUCCAGAAUCUGGUUCACCAAUUCCAGAAUAUGGACCACCAACUCCGGAAUACGGACCCCCUGCUCCGGAAUACGGACCACCAACUCCGGAAUACGGACCACCAACUCCGGAAUACGGACCCCCUGCUCCAGAAUACGGACCACCAACUCCAGAAUAUGGACCGCCCAUUGGUGAGAUUGAAGCCCCUGGUCCCAAAGAACCUUAUGAAGCGCCUUACCCAAAGUCUGGUGAGCCUGAGAUAAGCUCUAACAGCAUUGCUAAGCCUUCCAAGUUCAGGGCAUCCCAACAAAUUGUUGGAGCUUCAUUUGUUGUUGUUUAG